UUCAACUUUCAGAUAUUCCACAAUGUCGGACCUCCCUCUGAAACCCCCACGCAAAGUAAUCAAAGUGCCGGCAAAUAUCUACUACCGCCGCCCUUUCAGCCCCCUCUACUUCAUCCUAUUCACCUUUUUCGGUAGCUUUGGAUGCUCCUGGUAUUCGGACUAUCUAGACUGGCCCAGCACUAUCCUCAUCUGGGCCAUCUAUGUCAGCAUUCUCCUCGUUUUCAUAGCCAUCGAACCCACAUGCACCCUUGAACUGGAUCGAGUCGAUGACUUGGGCAACAAAUUCAUCGUACGCCGCCCUUUGGUUGGAUUCCGAUCGUGUGAACAGGCUGUUCCCCUCGCGGCUAUCGAGGAGGGUCUUGUGUGGACUGAAUAUGGCGAGCCAGAUUCUCGUCUAACCGAUGGAUAUCGAUAUGGGCCUGCUUUCUGGAGGAUCUGAUUCGAAUGGGCUGACUUUUUGGUGGGGGAUAAGACACCUGCCGCAGCUCUUGCUGAUCAGCUUGAGGGACCAUGUUGUUGGCGACUAUCUUUCUUGGAUAGAAAGCGUGGCUUUAUCUCCCUACAUUGUUGGAUCACGGGGGCAUUUCUGCUCGGUAUACAACGGUAUUGGUGUUCCGAUUAGGUACUAUGGUUGACCUUCGGAAACCUCCAAGUAGUUAUACACCGUCCAAUACGACUUUCACUCUUUCGGAUUGCAUAACCUCGCAAACCCCAGUAGUUGGAUAUUGAUUCAGUGGCCUGAUGCUCUCCGACAGCGAUGCUGAUGCGACUAAUUUCCACUAAUUGAGAAAAGCCAGGUAGAGGGAUUUUUCGGAUCCAUUGAUGGAGAUCUUCUAACUUGAGAGCGAGUAAACUCCCUGUCUUGAC